AUGGACGGCCGCUGUCGCGACACCCCGUCGACCCCCUCGUUUCCGCAACCGACGGGCACUUUCUUCACGAACCGUUCGUCGUGCAGCUCUAGCGCCGGUUUCCUUGAUUUCUGCAACACGACUGCCUCGUAUGCAAAAGCCAAAUACAAAGCAGCCUUGAUACUGAACUGGGAAACAUGUUAUCUUCUCUAUAUUAAGAUCAUAUUCUGUAUCUUUAUAUUAUAUAUUUAUAAGCUAGUACAGAGAGCUCAUAUAUACUCUCUAAUAUUUCUAAUUAUCUUUAAAGAUUCUCAGAAAAAGCCUAUACUGAGUAACUUUAGAUUCCCAUUUAUCAAGCCCAUUCAAAUAAUAAGAUUACUAUUAAAUAAUUACUGA